AUGUCGUCUGAUUAUGAUAUGUCUGAGGGCGAGGGAUCUGGAUCCGACGACCAAUACACCUCGGAUGACGAUGUUAUGAUUGACUCGCAGGCUGAUGUUCCGGAAGAAGAGCUUUCAGACGGAGAUGAUGGGGGAUUUGCGAUGGACGAGAGUGUAAUCCUCAAGGGCAAAAGCAAGUCCUAUGAGGUAGACCACAAGUCGCUGAGCGUCGAGGACCUCGAAAGACAGAUGGAAAAGGAUGCCGAACAAUUUACGAGUAUUUUCGGCAUUGACCUUCCCACGGCGCUCAUGAUCUUACGCUAUAUGAGCUGGAACAAAGAACAGGCUAUGGAAAAGUUUAUGGAGGAUCAGCAGCUCAUGUUGCGAAAGGCUGGUAUCGCUCUUCCAGGCGACUCGGUGCCCAAGAAGCCUCGAUCCAAAUCCGAGCCGUUCAUGUGUCCCGUCUGCUGCGACGACGAGCCCGCGGAGGUCCUCUCGCUCGACUGUGGUCACGAGUUCUGCUCUGAGUGCUGGACACAAUACCUUGAGGGCAAGAUCCGCGGAGAAGGCGAAGUGCAGUUAGCAUGUAUGGCCGAGAAAUGCAAGGUCCUCGUGCCCGAUGCCUUCGUCUUUGACCGCGUCAGCCCAGUGACCAAGGAGCGCUUCCGAGAGGGCCUUGUACGGCAAUACGUCGCCAGCAUUCCCAAACUCCGCUUCUGCCCUCAUCCAUCCUGCGUUUAUACCGUCCAAUGCUCCGCCGCGGCUUCCCGAGCUGCACUGGAUACGAUUGUGCCGACCGUCAAGUGCGGGGAGGAACAUUCAUUCUGCUUUGGCUGUGAACGUGAAGGCGAUCACAGACCCUUGAUUUGCAAGAUAGCGAAGCUCUGGCUCAAGAAGUGCCAGGAUGAUAGUGAGACUGCGAACUGGAUUAAGAGCAACACGAAGGAAUGCACCAAAUGCCAAAGCACUAUUGAGAAAAACGGGGGUUGCAACCACAUGACAUGUAAGAAAUGCAAAGCCGAGUUUUGCUGGGUCUGUAUGGGACCUUGGUCUGAGCAUGGGAAUGCCUGGUACACUUGCAACCGAUACGAUGAGAAAGAAAGUGUGGAGGCACGGGACUCUCAGUCAAAGAGCCGAGCCUCCCUAGAACGGUAUCUUUUUUACUACAAUCGCUACGCCAACCACGAACAAUCUGCCAGACUAUCCUUAGACCUUUACGCGAAGACUGAAAGGAAGAUGGAGGAAAUGCAAAUCACCUCUGAUCUCACCUGGAUCGAGGUGCAGUUCGCAAAGAAGGCUGUUGACGAGGUCGUCAAGUGCCGUAACACAUUGCAAUGGACGUACGCUAUGGCUUAUUAUUUGGAAAAAGGGAACCAGAAGGAACUCUUUGAGGACAAUCAGCGUGACCUCGAGAAAGCUGUUGAAGAGCUUUCUGAACUGCUCGAACAACCGAUAGAAGCCAAGGAUAUCGCGGCACUGAGGCAGAAAUCACUGACAAGGCGGUGUACGUUCUCAAGAGGAACGACAUCGUAUUGGAGGAUACGGCGAAAGGGUUCCAGGAGGAAAGGUGGACUUGGAACAUCGCCCUAUGAUCGUUUUCGGCCUGACACUACGUCAUCUCGUGUAUUCCCCCUGUCUGUCUCGUACGAACCAACUAUCUGUGGGACCAGGACCCCGGAACACCGCGGUACUAGUAUUGCCUUGUCGACCUCGAUUUCUUCUCUUGCUGCCGACCGUCACUCCUUUUAUUCCCCCUCGCCCGGCCUAAUCGUUGUUUCCUCCCCCGUCUGCCUAGAGCCCACCAUGCUCUACCUUACUGCGGAUCGUUUCGCAGUUUUCGUGCCCUUUGGUGUCAUUGGGUUCUAUCGUUAUCUCUGGUAUUUGAUUCGUGUUGCCGCGUCGUUCACAUACCGUCCAAUCCCGGUGCCCGAAAACCCAACGUACGUUGCCUCGGAAGAUGUCACGAUCAUUGUCCCUACCAUCGAUGCCGGCGAAGAGUUCAAGGAGGCCGCUCACUCGUGGCUGGUUGGCAAGCCGAAGGAAAUUCUGAUUAUUACGGAAGAACGCAUGCUUGGUCCUCUACAAGAACUUGCCGAUUCAGUCGAUCCCAGUCGCAUCCGCGUGUUGACUGUGCCGUUUGCCAAUAAACGCCUGCAGAUGACCCACGGAAUCCGCAACACCACGACCGACAUCAUUGUCUUUGCCGAUGACGAUGCCAUCUGGCCACCCACCAUGUUGCCGAUGAUGCUCGCUUGCUUCGAAGAUCAAAAGGUCGGCGGUGUCGGUACCUCGCAGCGUGUCCAACCCGUUGGCAAAAAUAUGACGGUAUGGGAAACCUUGGCCGCUUUCCGCCUUACUAUUCGGAACAUCGAAAUUUCAUCCGCUACCCACAUUGACGGCGGUGUCCCUUGUCUCUCCGGUCGCACUGCCGCCUACCGUACUGUCAUUCUCAAGGACCCCGAGUUCUUGCACGGCUUUACCCACGAUUUCUGGCUUGGCAAAUACCAACUUAACUCGGGUGAUGACAAGUUCCUCACUCGUUGGAUGGUCAGCCAUGGUUGGAACACGUACAUUCAGUGCUGCAAAGAGGCUGAACUGCUCAGUACCAUGAAGCCCAACUGGCGUUUCUUGUUACAGGUCUUGCGCUGGACACGAAACACUUGGCGCUCGGAUUUGCGUUCGCUAUUUAUGGAACGUCAUGUCUGGACAUCACACCCUUACUGCGCUUAUACCAUGGUUGACAAGCUAUUCAAUCCCUUCACUCUCCUCGUUGGUCCCGUCCUUGUCAUUCGUCUUUGCAUUCAGAGCACCAAGCCUGUUGCCCAAGGCGGUUACCAUCUUCCUUGGUGGAACAUCUUGGCGAGUUACGCGGUUUGGCUCAGUGCAACCCGUACCGCUAAGCUUCUCCCCCACUUGUGGCACCGUCCUCAGGAUAUCAUCUACGUCCCAGCAUUCAUUGCGUUCGGUUACUACUUUGCGAUCAUGAAACUCUAUGCCUUGUUCACACUACACGAGGUCGGCUGGGGUACUCGCGCUGGUAUUGGUAAUGCUACCGACGCAACCAAGGCGCUGGAGGCACAGAACGCUCAGGAGGCUGCUGCUGCAGGUGGACCUGACCGUGAAAAGUUGAUGUCACACAAUGAUAGAGGUUACGACGCCGAAGCCGGUGCCUACCAACAAGGAUACAGCCGGUAA